AUGGCGAAGGCGAAGAGGGGAGGAAGCCGCGGGACUGCGGCGAAUCCUCGCGGCUCUUCUGCUGGUAAAGGAGAUGCCAAAGAGGGCUACUCUGCGGCUGGAGAGGGGGCGUAUCUCUCUGAUGGUUCGGAUGACUUCCUUCCGCUAGACGGAGAAGGCAGGAACGACAACUCGAGUGAAGAUGAAAGCGCUAUGUUGCGUGAAAUGGGCCUUGAGGGGGCUGAAGAUGCGACCAGCGAAGAAGAAGAGGAAAGCGAUGACGACGCCGAAAGUAAUUCGCAGGAAUCCGGCUCAGACCAAGAGGAGGCUGACGAUGCAUCCUCAGACAGCAGCGGCGAAGAAGAAAGUAGGACUGCGUGGGGUCGCCGGGCGAAGGACUUUUACGGAGAUAGCAGCAGCGGUGAAAGCAGCGACGAUGAAGAGGAAAUGAAGGAAAAGAUGGCGGAGGCUGUGCGCGUGGCAGAGGUGGAGGACGUUGAGGGAAUGACAGAAGCGGAUUUCGGGGCAGACGCCCGAUCUAUUGAGGCCCUGCAGCAGCUGCUCGCCCUGCAACACAAGACGCUGGGCUUAAAGGAGCAGCAACAGCAAGCGCUGCAGCAAGGUGCUCAAGGCAAGGAGGGAACAGAGCAAGAAAUGCUGUGGAAAGCCAGACUAGAUGCGGAGGUGGAGGCGAUAUUAGAUGGCUUCUCUGCUUCAGCGGAGCACCAGCAGCAGCAGAAGCCGCAGGCGGUUGCUGCCGGGCUGGGUGAAGAGGAGUUGAAGCAAAUUGUUGCAACUGCACAUCCCGAGCUGCACGGGUUGCUAAAGGAACUCCAAGACGCCCUCAAGGAAAUAAACAACAAAGUGGAGCCACUCGUCGCUCUUGCAAAACGCAAAAACUUCCUCACGAAGGAGGGCGUUUCUCUGCUGGACGCGAAGAACCAACUGCUGCUUUCCUACUUGAGCUAUUUGAGUUACUACAUCGUGCUGAAGGCCCACGGGGUGCCGGUGGCGAGCCACCCGGUAGUAGAAAGACUCAUUGAAUCCCGGCUGCUGCUGCAGAAGCUGCGGCCCAUAGAGGCGGCCCUCAAGCCUCAGCUAGAGAGGCUUCUUGCCGACGGAGGUCUCCACGCCGGUGCAGCCGCGGCGCCGCGGGCCCGGCCUGACUCGUUUGCUGCAGUGGGGGAAUCCGAUGACGAGCAGCAGCAGGAUGGGAUGUUGUCGGGUGAGGAGGAGAGUACAGAGAGCGGCGGAUCAGGAGCUGAGGAGGACGCGAAAGGCAGCACACCAUACAAACCGCCUAAAAUGGUCUUAAUGGAAUACACCGGCGACAAAGUGUCUGCGCAGACACGCGCCUCUCGCGAACUGCAGCGGGCUGCGGAACGGCUGAAGAAGAGCGAGAUGGUUCGAGCGGUUAGGGAGAUGACGAGCGAUGCGCCAGAAGAAAUCGGGAUUGAACGGUUCCUAGCAGCGCAGGCGCACAGAGCUGCGGCGCGGGAGGCCGGGCUCCUGCAUGGGGGGGCUGGGGAGGAAGACGAAGAACAGUUUGAGCUCAUGCGUCGCUCACUUUCCAAAAAGGAAAGAAAAGCUCAAGCCGCACAGCGCGCGCAGUUUGAGAGGCGCGCUGCAGCUGCGGUGGGUUCAACCUUAGAGGAUUUGGCGGUGUUCUACGAACAGCCGCUGGUAGGGGAGGAGGACGGGGACGAUGAGUUGGGUUUGCGCUCAAAUAAGGGCAAAAGAAUGAAGGCAAGAGGUGUCCUCGGACACUACCUCAAUGCAGCCAAACAAGCAGCAGAAGAAGCAGCGAAAACGCACAAAGCACAGGCAGAGAAACUCAUCAUCGCAAGACAGCAGAACCUGCAGCAUCUGAGCAGACGCAAUACAAAAGAUAUCCACAAACAAAACCCAAGAAUGCCUGCGGGGGAGGAAAGUGAAGACGAAGAGUUUGCAGCGCUAGUGGAAGAAACGAAGAAGAGGAAAUCGGAGAGGAAGCAGCGAAUGCAGGAAAAGGCUGAAGUGCCCGUGCCCCACAUUGAUGAAGAAGUUGACGGACAGAGGCGCAUAACGCGAGAGAUGAAAACAAAUAGAGGACUGGUGCGAAAACGGAAGAAGUUCGAGGGAAAUGCGCGCGUGCACAACAGAAUGAAAUACCAACAGAAGACAAAAAAGCUGAAGUCACUUCGUCAGGAAAUGCGCCCUGUGGAGGACCGCAGCUACUCCGGGGAGGUGUCGGGCAUUCGUUCGAAUCUGAAACGAUCGAGGACGUUACAUUAA